CCGCCGCCUGCGUGCCGUGCGUGCCUCCGUCACGCCGGCGCCUGGCCCCGCCCCGAUCGCGGGCUGGCUGGUCCGUUCGCUCCCAUAGCUACCAGAGGAGGCAGCCGGAGGCGGCCAUCUUGGCGGCGGCGGCGGCGGCGGCCGGGCCGGCGAUGAGCGGCUCGAAGCCGAGGGUAGCGCCGGCAGGGCCCGGCGGGGCCCUGAGCCGACCCCGCGGGCGGAGGGGCUCCGGGGACACGCCGCAGCGGGCGGUCCUACCCCGGACCGAGUCGGAGCUGCUGGCGCUGGAGGCGGUCCGGCCCGAGCACGUCCUGGGGCUGAGCCGCGUCACCGAGAGUUAUUUGUGUAGACCCGAGGACAACAUCUACAAUAUUGACUUCACCAAGUUCAAGAUCCGGGACCUCGAGACCGGGACGGUGCUGUUUGAAAUUGCCAAACCUUCUGCUUUAGAACAAGAAGACGACAACGAGGACAACGGAGAGGUGGACACCAGCGCAGGGCGCUUUGUCCGCUAUCAGUUCACCCCUGCCUUCCUGCGUCUCCGGACGGUUGGUGCAACCGUGGAAUUCACUGUGGGCGACAAGCCGGUGUCGAACUUCCGCAUGAUUGAGAGGCAUUACUUCCGAGACCACCUGCUCAAGAACUUUGACUUUGAUUUUGGCUUCUGCAUCCCCAGCAGCAGGAACACAUGCGAGCACAUCUAUGAGUUCCCCCAGCUUUCAGAGGACCUGAUCCGCCUGAUGGUCGAGAACCCCUACGAGACCCGCUCUGACAGCUUCUACUUUGUGGACAACAAGCUGAUCAUGCACAAUAAGGCCGACUAUGCCUACAACGGGGGGCAGUAGCUACUGCUGCCGCUGCCCCCUUUGGACAUUGCACUACCGCUCGCUCUUCUGGAUGCGCAGGAGAGACGGACCCCGCCGCUUCCUACUCAAAGGCCUCUUGGGGACCGCCCUGCCAGGCUCAAGGUGCGCUGUGAGCGAGGCUGAGGUGGCAGCUUAUGACAGUAAAGGCCGUCUCCUUGCAUUUCUGCUCUCUCCAGCAUUGUUCCUUGGCCUCUGUGCUUGGCUUCCAGGGGUCUCUUGGUUAGGUAACAACCCAGAUGGUCUGUCAAAUGUUCACCGAUGACGCCGUGCUUGUAGCUCAGGAGCCUCGGCCUGUAUUAUGUCUUGUAUGUGUCCCGUCCCCCCCCCCUUUUCCACCUCCCCCUUGUCCUCCAGGAACAUCCUGCCUCCGACCAGUGGGCAGCCUUCUGCGAGGGGAGGCUGCUGUUCUCUUCCCAAGUAGCCGAUGAAAGGUUGCUGCCAGUCCCCUUCAAAGAGGUGUGGAGUGAGUGGGGCCGAUGAACCACUAAGGCAGCCUCAGUCCUUCAGCUGGCACACACAUUUCUGCCUUCACGGCCACCCUUAAAAGGAACGAAUUGGGAGGAGGAUGCAAGGCGAUGGACUCUCCCUUCUGGUUUUGCACUCUCGGAUGCCCCUGGGGCACCUUAAACUCUGUUAGGCAGCUCUCUGCAAAGAGAAGGAGAGCCACAGGAUGUCACCAAAUCAGCCUCUGGAACGCCAUGCUGUGUGAGGGAGAGAAAUGAUAUUUUCUGCCCCAAUGCAGGAAGCAGGCUGAAAUCAACGCAGCGUGCCCUGGCUUCCUCCUGGCUGCUGCUUUCGUCCCAUUCCAUAGGUCAGCUUUGCUCUUCACUUCGGGAGAAUGGACCCAAUGGGGUGGUCCAGAGAGGAGCCCGGAGCUGCCUGUGCAUGUGCCACGUGGCAGACCCCGGUUUUUCUUUCUUGCUGCGUUGGAAAAAGUAUUAUCCAAAGAAACCGUGAUGUCCACCGGCCUGUAUUGCCUGAAGUGGUGCUUCAGUUCCUGCCAUGGUUAAAGUGGGCUCUAAAGAUUUCCCAGCGUGAUGAGAUGUGGCUCUGAGGCGAAAGACAACACACACACACACCCCGCCAAAUGGCUCUGAGUACUUUGUUGGCUCCAUUUAAAUUUAUAGUUCAGGAAACAGACUGUGGCUUUUGCUGUUGGAAUGGGUUAGGCUUGUGUAGCUUGUAGGCUCUGAGAACAGGCGAGUUGAUGAGGAUUUGGGACUGGGGAGAGGAGUGUGUGUCUCAGCCAGUAAGACUUCCUCAGGGCGGCUAGAUGCCCUGAAGAUGUCCUGUGUUCGCCAUCUCUCUCGUCACACCCCUCCACACCCAGAGCUUUCCCUAGUCCCAUUCUUGCCUUGCUUCGGAGUUAAGUUAGUAUUGCCCUGCACUCGCAGAGAAGCCAUAUGUUGGAACGCCCCAUGUUCAAAGCCCUUCUGACGGACUGCCUGCAUAAGGUGCCACUUCAGUGAAAUUGGGCAGUUGUGCCUGGAGAGGAAGAAUGUUGCACACUCCCUUAAAACAUAUAUCCCCAUCGGGGAUUGUAAGCCCAGAAUCGAGCCCCCAGUGGUGGUGAUGGGAAGGAAGCACAAGACGGAAAUCGCUUGGACUUCUGUUCUGUAAGGUAGGAGAUUUUGACCACCCCGAAUCCCUGAAAUAUUGGGAGGCAUAAUAAAGGUGAAGAGAGUAACGCUUCACCUAAGUAGUCAAGUUCUUUUGAAAAAGAAAAAAAACUAGAUUAUGAAGAGCACACCUCUCUCUCUCCAUCUCCAUCUCAUCUUCUUUCUUUCAAAAAGCACUUGCGAUCCAGAGCUAGGGGCACCUUCAUAUUCCUGUGCUGUGGGCGAGUUCUCUCCUGAAUGGUGGUCUCAGUUUUGCUGCAAUCUGCCCUCUGCUUUUCACAGAAAGGUGCCUUCCCCCCACUGCCCCAAUAUCCAAGACCACAUGUGAGGAGCCAUCGAGAAAAUCAUCCACAGGAGGCUGUGGGAGGUCUUGUUCCAUGUGGCUAAACACCAGGUGCCUUUAAACGUCAAUUAUUUGUGUUGCUCAGUCUUCUACAUGUGCUGGUCUCCUUGCUCCCCUGGGUGCAGUUGGAAGGAAUCUAGUGAGUAAUCUGAGCCAAGAUCAGGUACUAUUUUCUGCAAUAAACUUCCAGUGAGGGAAGGGGUCGGAGCUGAAACUUUCCCCCCAGGACUGUUGGUGCUCUGUGCAUCCUUUGUAUGAGAUUGACUACUGUCUUAGCAAUAAGAAACCGAAAAAGGGGUUUGGGGGUGUGUGUGCUUGCUAGUUGCUUUUGAUUUUUUCUGGGCCAAAUAUUUAAGGGGGAGGAUAUUCUGACAUCCUAGAUCGGGUUCCCAGCCUUAGGUCCUCCGAUGUUGUUAGACUACAACUCCCAUCAUUCCAAAGGUCAUGGCUGGGGGUGAUGGGACUUGUAGUUCAGCAACACCUGGAGUUCUCAGAUUGGACAUUCCUGUCCUUGAUAACACGGCCAAGUUGCCUGGUGCUCUCUGGACAAUUUGUGUAAAAAUGGGUCCACUUUAAUGACUUUCAGGGUGGCCUGACCUUGGUUAGGCUGCUCUUCCUUUCCUUUGCCUCCCUUGGUAGAGGCUCCCUCAGACCUGUGAGAGCUGCCGGGCUGUUGUGGAAACCUGUAUUCUGCCACCGUAGCUCUGCACCCAUAGGUGGUGUGCUGAAGAGAUGACGGUCCCUGCUUCUGCUGUGUUGACCAAGAAGUUAGCGAAGGGGAAGCAGAUACUCUAGCGCCUCCAUCCCCAGAAACGAGUGCUUCAGCUUGUCAUUUGAAUCAAUGGGCCAACCACUCAGGCAGUUCCUAAACCCUCCGAGCAUUUGCCAUGGCUUGAUUAAUGCUUCCUAGAUACCCAUGCCAUGAUUGCCGGAGGGCUUGGUUAUGGUGUCCGGUGCACUAAGCUGUCCCAUUGAAUACGGACCAAAGUAUCAGUGCCCUGGACUUGAUUUAGAGCCGUCGUCUUCCUGUUGUGUGUUUUCUUCUCACCCCACUAGAGCAGGGGUUCCCAACCUUUGGCCCUCCAGAUGUUGCCAAACUACAACUCCCAGCAUCCCGAGCCACUAAAUUGUAGUUGGGGAUGAUGGGAGUUGUAAUUCGGCAACAUCUGGAGGGCCACCAUUUGAGAAACCCUGCACUGGACCUUGGGUUGGAAAGGCUUUCCUUCGCUUUCUCGUUAAAGACCCAGGAGUAGCCAAACACUUGAAAGCAGUGGGCGUGAGUCACAGAGGCAUUGCCUUUUGCCUUGUAUGUGGUAUCUGGCUGAUGACAGGUUUGCCAUGAAGGAACCGUUUGGUUCAGUGAUGCCCUUGCAAUGCUUUAGGCAAAAUCCUCUGCUCCCGUGUCCCGUCUCCCCACUCCAGCUUGUGGUUGGCUGUCACACGGCGACAUCUGUCCCAUAUGCUGGAUGCAAUCUUUGGAGUCCUCUAAUUGCUCCACGCAUCCCAAGUAAUGGGGCAGUUGUAAUACCUGGAGAGCUCUCUUAGCAUUAGCCGUUCCUGUUUGUCAAGCACCAGCAACUUCAUGGUCCCUUGUAUAGACCUCUGUGGUUGUUAUUAUUAUUGUGAAGAUUUUCUAAGCUUGUUAGACGGAGGCAAGGAGUUUCUUUCUCAGUUCCACUGAUUUGCGGUGGGGGGGAGGUUUUCAUCUAUGAUGACAGUAGAAAACUGGUUAUAUGGUACCAGAUCAAUAAUUACCACAUUUAGAUUGUGAGCCCUCCUUGGGACAGGGAACAACGGUCUUCUCAUUCCUUUACUACGUAAUAAACUGCUUUUGAGAACUUUUCUUUUUGUUGAAAAACCGUAUGUAAGUAUUCUAAAUAUAUUCCACAUCAUCCAGUUACCAGCAAAAGUGGGGAGUUAGCCACAAUGCUGUGGGGCAAAACGGUGCCCCGGCAGGGCUUGGUGGCUCUGAAUCGGCCCCUCUGAACCAGAGGUUCCCAACAUUGGGCCCCCCAGAUGUUGAUGGGCUCCCAUCCCUCCCAGCCACCCAAAGUGAUUUUGGCUGGGGAUGAUGGGAGUUGUAGCCCAACGACGUUUGGGAACCCUUGACUUAAACGACUUCCUGCUCGUCUUCUCUUAGACCUGGCGUCGUUCUGCUCAGCAGAGACCUUUGCCUGAGAAUAUAUCCAUGUCUCAGUCCACCUUGGUCCGUUUGCACCUGUAGCUCCAAGAGAGACUCUCGGUAAUGUGCAAGUUGUUCCCUUUGAACUUGUGAAGGACAGUCGAGUUCCAGAAGAGAGCUUGCAGUUAUAUUUUUCUGUCGAGGUAUUUUCCUAUAAAGGUUGGCAGAAAUGGCAGUAAAGUCUGUGAUGUCUACCACCACCACGCCGAGCCCUCAUUUUGCUGUGUCCUGUCCUCUUGUCUCUCCUAGACCCACAGGAAACUAGCUGACGAUUUGUAUAAAAACAUUAUUUUGUCACAAGCAAUAGUAAUAAAAUGAAACUCCAACAUUUUAAACUGGA